UCUAAAAAGAAGGAGGAGAGAAGGAGGUCCGAUCUCCUCCCCUCUCCACAGAAAGCCUGGAAGAAUUGCGCUCCGUCAGUGCGCCCUGCCUGCCUGCCUGCCAGUCGGAGGAUGGGGAUUUUUUUCCAUUCAUCCACGUCCCCUUUUCCCCUCCUCCUCCUCCGCCUCCUCUCAAACAAGCCAGUCGCUCUGUCACUGCGCUGCGAGCAUUAGGGCGAGUCAAACCGGUGGGAUUUUGAGGCGCACAGACGGAGGAGAUAACGCACGGAGAGCGCACCUCGGGCUGUUUCGUUUCUGGUCUCCAAACGAUGCGCUCCGUCGGAAAGACGUGCGUUUUCAGGCGGGACUGAUGCCCACCAAGUCGCAUCUUUAUUUUCUUCAUCACUUCACAAGUUUUACGCCGGCCUGUGUGUGGCAUCGUUAGUAUGUACCCGCUUUUCUAGCUCAGUGGCUUGUUCGUACCAGUUUUAUCCCCUGAAUUUGCUCUCGGAUUAAUUUUCGAGUUGGAUCUUGAUUUUGCUUUCAUCCCAAAACAAAAAUAUUUGUGGAUUUACAGCCUGUGUAUUUUCUGGCAAAAAAAAAGAGAAAGGAUUGUACUCGACUCACAGAGCACCAACACGUCUUUUUAUUGAGAUGGAGCCGUGGAUACAAGUAGCAUCUUUCUUAUUUUAAACAUUUUCCCAGCUGUUUUCUUCUUUUUUUAUGGCUCCGUCUCCUAAAUAAACUGACAAUACUGAAAUUCAUUUGAGCCAGAUAUCCUGGGAGGUGAGAGAACAAGGUAAUGGGAGAGAAAUCAGACAGAGAGAGCCAAAGACAACAAGGGAACGUUAUUCAGCCAGGAAAACAGACAAUUAGGGCGCACAGAAAAGGCUUCACAACCUGCUUUCUGGAGGCGAUAAUCUGCUAAAAUCUUUGACUCAGUGGAGAUCUGCUUGUGCCCAAAUGUUUUUUGGAGAAACUGUGGUGUGAAAUUAAUGGGAAAGUCAUGGGAAUGGCUCUGAAAUAGUGCGCAGAAGAACCUGACGAUUUUGGAGAUCAGGACGCACGGAUUGAGCAAACCCUGCAAAAUUAAGCCUUUUCUUUUCUUAUUUCCAACAUUUCGGAUCCAUGUGGUUGUGCGUGGCUGGCUUUCUAAUUCCACUUUAACUCUUUCUACCUUCAAUCCUGAUCGGCCGAUCGACUGUUUUAAAGCGUCUGAUUGCAAAAAGAGCAGCUCUGCGAGGCCCUUUGGCGAAUAUUGCUGCUUUAUUUUAGAUGGGGCCGCACAUGCUUGGUGUCAGGGUUGAGAUGGCGUGUCGAAGGAGCGGGAAUGGUUUGUGGAUCCUGCUGGUAUUCCUACUGGAUUUACUGGGAACGACCGCCAGCAACAUGGAGCCCAUCUACUGGAAUUCCCUGAACGAAAGGUUCAGGGACGACAAGGGCUACGUUCUCUACCCUCAGAUCGGGGACCGGCUGGACCUCAUCUGUCCCCCACUGGACACGGCCAGGUCCACGCCGGAGUACGAGUUCUACAAGCUCUACCUCGUGUCGUCGCGGGAACAGGCGGACCGCUGCGAGGUGAUGGGUGCGCCCAACAUCGUGCUGACCUGUGACGAGCCCACGCGGGAGCGCCGCUUCACCAUCAAGUUCCAGGAGUUCUCGCCGAACCUCUGGGGACACGAGUUCAAGAGCAUGCACGACUACUACAUCAUUGCUACUUCGGACGGGACGCGUCAAGGCCUGGACAGCAUGAAAGGGGGUGUAUGCGCUACAAAAGGCAUGAAGGUGAUCCUGAAAGUGGGACAGAGCCCGUACGGACUGCCUCCGAAGAAGGACCAGCCAGCGGGACGCACCACUAGCAGAAUCCCAGGUGGAAACUCCACCCAGUCCCGAGGGCCCUUUGGAGAUGGUGGCGAAGACGAAAAUGGACCCCUGCAGCCAUCCAACAUUGCCUUCAUUGCUGGCCUAGCAGGAGGCUCUGCCUUUCUCCUACUGGUCACCGCCGUGAUCUGCAUUGUGUGCUACCGCCGGAGGCAUGCCAAGCACUCUGACACUCACCACCCUCCGCUAUCACUGUCGUCCCUCACCAGCCCCAAGCGCGGUGGCGGCGGCGGCAUUACCAGCUCCAACAAUAACGGCUCAGAGCCCAGCGACAUCAUCAUCCCCCUGCGGACGUCGGACUCGGCCUACUGCCCGCACUACGAGAAGGUGAGCGGGGACUACGGGCAUCCUGUUUACAUCGUCCAGGAGAUGCCGCCUCAAAGCCCGGCCAACAUUUACUACAAAGUAUGAGACAGCGGUCUGGACACUCCCACCUUCCUUCAACCUCGACCAGCCAAUCACGCCCAACAUCUCCCAAGUGAAGCCAAUACAAAAUUUGCCAUAACAGCUCCAAACUGGAUUGCCUCAGUAGUACCAGUAUUGUCCCUUGGAACCCCCCGCCCCACUUGCCCUGGCCACUGUUGUGUUUCUAGCUGAAUAAACCCCCCUCCCCGCUAUCACUAUUUCACACAACUGGGCCAUUAAUUGUGUGUAAGGGGUGAUGUUGUAACCACACAUAACCCUUCCUAACAAGGCCCUCAUGAUUGGGCAAGAGGCUCUGAAUUCCCCCUUCUUGUUAACUCAGAGCUAAAUGAGCCUCCACCCCCCCCCCCCCCCCCCCCAACCCCACCCCUUUAAUGCGUCUUGCACUCUUUUUCUAAGAGUGUGAACCUGGUGUUGGGAUGUUUUAAAAGAAGACUGAAAGGACUUUAAAAAAAAGGACUAUGCUCCUGGACCCACUUGGCACCGAUGAACUCUGAUUCUCAGAGAGCCAAGCCCGCCUUGUCCACCACCCCACCCCCCUUUUAGAUCUCUAUCAUCCAAUCAGAGACCAGCCCCUUGCCGCUAACUCGACAAUAGCCUCCUAGUUUGUUUGUGUUUGUUUCAAUCGAGAAAACAGGCUUGGGGGCCUCGGACUCACACCCCGAGCCCAGACCGGACCCCGGAUGAGGUCUGACCAAUUGGUGACUCUCAGAAUCGUGUAUAUUUUAAUAAAAUGUGUGUUUGUGUGACCGUGCGCGAGCGUGCAAAACAGUUGGGUUAUAAUUAUGGCGCUGGUACUGCUGCUCAACAUUAGAGUGCAGUUAGUGUGCUUCAGCAAGUUUGCAUACACCUGAGUAUGUGUGUGUGUGUGCUUUUCUGUGCGUGUGUGUGAGUGUGUGUGUUCUUUAGACUUGUCUUAAAUACCAAAACAAAAAUAGUGAGCGAAUAUCAAAAAAGUGAAAUUUUUUAUGGCUAUCAACACUUAUAGAUUAUAUAUAUAAAUAUCCAGUAAAUAAUUUCUAGAUGUUUUUUAUUGGUUUAUUAUUUUUACCUACUCUGUUAAACUAAACUUCUGUUUCUAAACAUUCUCAUUUGCUUUUUUUUUUUUUUUUUGCUUAUUUCCUGCCCCUUUGCCUUUAUUCUUUACAGUGCCUUGCAAAGGUAUCAAUACUUUUCACAUUUUGACACACUACUACCCUAAACUUCAAUAUUUUAUUUGGUUUUUAUGAAAAAGACCAAAUCAAAGGGGUACAUAAUUGUGAAUUGAGAGAAAAAGUAUGUGAAACUUCUGGCAUUUUUCUGCAUUCAGCCUCAUUUACUCACAUACCAGAUAAAUAAAAUCCAGUGCAACCAGUCUCAAGACUCAAACAGGUUCUCUUCUUGUAUUGCCCUGUUGUUAGCUCCAUCCUUCCUGCCAUCAACUCUGACCAGCUUCCCCAUCCCUACUUAAGAUCCCUACUCUUCCUGAAUUCUAGGAAAUUCCACUAUGUGAUCUUACUACCAAAUGCACAAUAAUAAAAAACAACAUAUCUAUGAUAAUAAACAGUGAAAUAAUAAUGAAUAAUUCCCAAACUGGGUCUUACAACCACAAUUAUGGAGUGAGUGCUGCAUCAUAAUUAUCCUUGGAUGACUAAUGAUGACUGUGCCAUCCCCUAAAUCAUUUUCUGAUGAGCAAACUGCACAAAAACUGCACAGUUGCACAAAAAUUGCACAAAAGCUACUAAAAAUGACAUGCAUUAGCUGCAGCUAUUGCAGUUUCAAAAUAGUUUGAAAGAUAAAGCAAUAACAUGCCAAUAAUGUAAUAACUUUAUUGGCUUUGUUCAAUUUGAAAUGGCCCAAAUUAUUAUGUUAUUGUCCAGGAUUACAUUAUUGGUAGAGUGCAUGGCUAAUAGUUGUCCUGUCAGUUCUCCAAGGAAAUUACAGAAAAAACUAAACACAGGUGGACUCUGUCUCCUAAUUAGGGGACUCUGAAGGCAAUUGGGUUUUCCUUCAAAAUCACAGUAAUGCUCUACUUUGUUCUAGUCUAUUACAUAAAAUCACAAUAAAAUGCAUUUAGGUUUGUUGUUGUAUUGUGACAAAAUGUAAUAAAGUUCAAGGGGUAUUAAAAUUUUUGCGAAGCACUGUACAUUAACUAAAUCCCUUAUUUAGAGAAGCUGUUUCUCUGUUUUCAUUCUCUCCCUCCUCCUACCUGAGGUCGACUCUGUGUAUUUUUUAUAGCUCAUUGUACUAUGCCGUAGUUUUGAGGUCUAGACCUCAUUUUUGUGGAAGUGUUGAGGUAGAACCAUCAAUGAAAGUUAUUCUGUUGUUUUUUUUUCUUUCAUUUUAAAAGGCAGACGUGUAAGAAGCUGGGGUGGGGGGGUGGCAUUGGAGGAUGGGGAAGGGGGAAGGUAAAGAGAGAGAGGACGAAUUAAAAAAGAAGAACAAAGAACAGAGAAAGCGCUGUCUCGGGAGGAGGAAUAAAGCGGCUUCUGAAUGCAGAACUUUAAGGAAAAGAGAAAAAUGAGCGGGAGGGAGAUGAGGGAAGAUGAGACUGUGAAGCAAACAGGAGAAAAAGGAGCAGCAGGAGAAAAAGAUGAAGGAUCCAGUGGAAGGAAGGACGGAUGGACGGAGAGCACAUGAAAGAGUGGCUGGCGAAGAGGAAAAACCUCUGAGGUGCUGGACUGUCAGCCAAAAGAAAAAAAAAAAGCAAAAAUGGAUAUUCGGAGGAGUUGAACUCUACUUGCACGCGAACAUCCACACGCACACACAUCCACUGUGACUCCGGCACGUUUCGGAUGCGUUCCUCUCUUUCUACCGCCAAAAUUUGUGUUGAAACGCACACACAUGCUCUCGCAGAUUUUACACGUUUUUUGACGACUGUCCUACAAACAAAUCCACCCACACUCAAAAUAAAAAUGUUACUUUCAUCUGAUCCGUGUUCCCGUAAAUCACCUGAUGGACGUGGAAGGGAUUAAAAAAGAAAGGAUUGAUUGUGUUGUGUUUUCCUCUCUCCUUCACACACACAGAUACAUACAUGAACACACACCAGUGCCCUGCACCUCAACCUCAGAGAGCAGCAGCCCGUUGCUGUGUGGGGAGGUGCAUUAUGCUCACCUUGUGCAUACUAAUAAAGCUGUUUUUGUGUUGCUCAGACAUGUUUUUUGGCUUAUGUGUAAACCGUGGAGAGCUUAUGCUUUUUCUUUCUUUAUUUUCAACUUUGUCCAGACACACGAAGACUCCAGUGUUAUUGCCAUGUUUCCUGUGUGAAGCCAGUGUUAAUAAUCUAAACCUUUCCACAUUUCUCAGCCGUGUUUUUGUAUCAGUAUCAUAUAAUCUUUCAUACUAAAGUGUCUCAUUCAUCUAAAAUGACUUUGUUCCACACAUGAUGAUGUUGUUUUCUUUUAAUACCACGGAGGAGUUUGGAUUGUAUUUUGACUGUAUUAAAAUUGAGUUUGGAAAGAAAAGACAGAGAGCGGGGGGGGGAACCACCUCAAAUUCUCCUUUUUUUGUACAACUACCAACUUGUGUUUCCUUUUUUAUGUAUAAUGUUUAUUUAAGUACUUAAAAAAUCCUUCAAGCCAAAUGAAGUGUCUGUUAUUCUCUAAAAGUCCAAAAUGAAAGUUUUUGACUAAAAAAAGAGGGAAAAGGUGAACAUUUCGGGACUCAAAUGAAACACAGAUUCCACUUUCUGGUCCACUUUCCUCCUUUUUUCCUCUUUGCAGAAUGUCAGCUAAUGUUUAUUGAGAAGUUUACAUACACCCAUCAUCAGCAUGGAUGUAAUGUUCAUUUCAGGUUUUUAAUGAUUUGAAUUUGAACCAUUAUUUUUUAGGCUGGAAUGAUGAUAUACAAGUAUACAGGUUGUGUACAUACACCCCCACUAAUAUUUGGACAAAUGUCACUUAGCAAGCUGCCAAGAAACAACUCUUCUGUUUAUUCUUGUAUAGUUCUGGAUGGUCGAUGUCCAUUCUUCUUGGCAUAAUUGGAAAGUUUCAAUAAAAAUUGUUGGUUUCCUGACAGGGUUGAGAUUGGGUCCAUUUCAGGAGUUCAAUAUUAGCCAUAUUUAUUCAUUCUGUAACCUGUGUUAAAGUGUAUUUGGGAUUACUGACCUGUAUAUUAGCUACUAUUGUAGGCAACAGCUUCAUAAUCUGUUGUAAAGUUGAAGAACUUGGUAGUUUUUCUCCUUUUUAGUUAUUCUCAACACUUGGUGCAAGAAACCAGUACCUCUAGCAUCAAAACAGUCCCACAGCAUGAUGUUACCGCCCCAAUUGAUACAGCUUUCUUGGCAUUGAAAGCCUCACUUUGUCUCAUCUCAAUAUUUUUCUUGUUGCUUUUGCUGAAAAACUCUAACGUGUGUUUUACCUAACCAAAAAAUAUAUCUGCAGAAGGCAUUCAUUGGUCUGUGCAUAUUGUCAGCUUCAAAAUACUGUUAAACUUGUCAAAAGUGUUGAUUUGUAAGUCAAGGCAGGCAAACCUUCUGUCUAAGGCGCCUCUCAGUCCUUGUUGACAUAAAACCAAACCCAACCUUUUUUGCCAGCAUCAACAAGCUUUUAGCAUACUUCUGGCAACAUAUUUCACCACUCUUCCUGGAAACAUUUAUGUUAGCCAUCUUUAUUUGUUCCAAAACUGAGUUUGAUGUAUGUUGGGACCUAUUUUCUGGUGGGAACACUAAACGUUGGCCAUAUUUCACCCACCACUUGAAGAAUUUGGAAGUAGUCCUCAUCUUCCAUUGUCAAGUCAUCUUGUCUGACCCUCAAAUGUUUCUACAGAGGAAAUUUGGCUUGUGCAAGUGGGCAGCUUUAAAUGUCAGUCCUGCUUGAAGAAGAUGAUUUUAGAACAGUGGCUUCUUUCUUAAUCUGCACCUUCUCAUCUAAUGUUGAUGGUGAGCUGCCUUCACUGUGGAGAGGGAUUCCGGUAUUCAUGGUUCUUCUAGUUCAUAAUCAGAUUGAGUUCUUGGGAUUUCUGGGUUGUUCCUGAACAUCCCAAUUAAUCUCCUUCUCCCUGGGAGAAGACGGCUUAGAUGUGAUCAAACUUGGACACAGUUGGAUGUUCCAACAGGAUAAUGAUCCUGAACCUGUCAAAACUGGCUUUGGAAUGCUGACAUUACCUUUCUGAUUGGCCUCCCCAGAGCUUCUGACCUGUAUUUUCCUCUAUUGUUAACUUUUGGAAAUUGUGAACCAGUUUAAAAUUACCUCUUCAGAUUUUGAUAAGAGGAGCGUUUCAAAUAUCCAGCUAGGAUUAUUCGAGAGGCUUUUUUGCAUUUAGAACAAGGGUGUGGUUAAUGUAAAAUUUGCUAAGGGAUAUUGAACAAAAUAUUAGUGGGUCCGAACAUCCACAAUCAAUCCAAAUUUGUGCACUGAGUUGUUUUUUUUUUUUAUUAUUUUAGUUUUAUGUAUAAUAAUUAGUCCACCUUGGAAAAAGAAAGGUUCAAAUGCAUCAUUAAAAGUCAAAGUUGAAUUACAUUUACCUUGAUGAUGAAUUUAUGUAUACUUUUGAGCAGAGCUGUAUCUCUUGGACUCACUUUUUCUUUUUUUCUCUUCAUGUAGAUGUUAUAUUUCAAAGUUGUGUCUCUAGCUCUCGCUGUUUCUCAAGUUUUCUAUGAAAAAAUAGAAAAGCCUCCGACCCAGCCCACAGUUUUAAAAAGAGAAAGAAAGUGCUGCUUCUGUAGUACAAAGGAGACAGAGAGAGAGAGACAUAAAGAAAACUGCUGCCUCACCUCCCCGUUGGUUAAAACUGUGUGUAUGUGCAUAAAAUGUGCGUGAGCUUCUUUGUGCCAAUAGCCAGCGAGCCGAGGCCGCUGGUCGACGCGGCGCUCCUAUGUGAUGUGUUGCGACUUUGUAUUUUGGGGACACCUCUGUGUGAAAAAGGUUGAUUUUGUUCCUCUGUUUGUUCUCUCCUCCCUUCCUUCUCCUCUUUCCUUGUUACCUCCUUCCCUACUCAUCACCACAUCCCCUUCCCUAUCUCCCUUUCUUUACUCCUCACCCCCCUUUCCCCUUCCAACACACCUCUAAAGAGAGGAAAAAUUAGUACAUUCCUGGUUCGGAAAAAAAAAGAUUGAAUAAAAAAACAAACAAAAAUGUUUAAGCACCA